GGGGGAAAAAAAAACAGAUAUCGUUUGCCUAGCCGUGUGGACAGACGUGAGAGACACAGGGACACAGAGACUGAUUGAGAGCGGGAAAAAGUGUGGCAGGAAGGGGGUAAAGAGUGACACAAUUGGAUAAGAGGAGAGGGGACAGACUACUUGAAGUGCUGAAAACACCUACCAUACCUCCAUUUGAAACAUGUACGGACAGAAGUGUUGGAUAUGGGCGGCCAUGUUGGCUCUCCUGGUCCUGACGGUGGCAGUGGUGGACGCCGGAAAAGCAGACAAACAAGGGAAGAGGGAGCGCAAGUCGGACUGUGGGGAGUGGCAGUGGAGCGUGUGUGUGGCCAACGAGGGCGACUGCGGCCUGGGCACCCGGGAGGGCACCCGGUCCGGUACCGACUGCAAACUGAACAUGAAGUCGCAGCGCUGCAAGAUUCCCUGCAACUGGAAGAAGCAGUUCGGAGGCGAGUGCAAGUAUGACUUCCAGAACUGGGGCGAGUGUGACAUGACCACUGGGAUGAAGAACAGGACAGGCGUGCUCAAACGCGCCCUCAUGGACGCCACCUGCCCCAACACUGUCACCGCGACCAAGCCCUGUGGCAAGAUAGCCAAGACCAAGCUCCAAGACUCCAGGAAGCCCAAACGGGACGGAAGGAAGAAGGAACGCACUCCGAUGGACUAGAGAGACGCAGCGGAGUGCUGACUGAAACAGAGUCUGCUUCGUUUCCCUCCUCCUCCUCCUCCUCCUCCCAUAGAUCAUCCGGUGCAGAGUUUAAGGCCCUAUAGCACUCAAGCAGUAAACCGAGAGAGCGAGAGGAUGUGUAGAAAAA